AUGCAACCCUCUUACAUCAAUGUGCUCGUGGCCCUCGUUGCCUCAGUCUCUGCCGCCCCAGCUCUCCAGCCCCGCCAGCAGUACCCCACCGUUGACACAUAUGAAGUCACCCUGGGUGAGGUCGACCCUGCCUACCUCGCCCUGUUGGACACGGCCGUCGUGAGACUCGACGAAGCACCGGAGAAGCGUGACAUUGAGGCUCGCCAGGGUGGCACUUGUGACCUCCAGGGAUUCGCCAUUGUCAAUGGCCAGAUCUCGUCCUUCGCCGGGUCUGUCCAGAAUAGUCCCGCCAACUACGGCCGGGCGGUCACCCUGACUGGCAUCCUGCCCGGCUGCUCCAUCGGCCUGGUUCCUCAGUCCAACUGUGGGCUCUGGUCCAUCAUUGACACUUCAGGCUGUGCCACCGCCCGUUCUGUCACGUUUUCUAAUUGA